AAACACACAGAUCAUUAACUACCAGUAUAGCCCGACCGUCGACCUGAUGUAUCCCACUUUCGAUAGCCCACGACGUCGCUACUAAGCCUUAUAGGCAGGGAUUAUAUGCAGGCUAGAUGUGUCACAUCGAUGUACCUAUCAACGGUUUAGGAUGCUAUAGCCACUGAGAGGUGGCGGGUUUAAGCAUAGUCAUCCAAGUAAAAUGGAUUUGAUUUGUGAGUGAGACGCCGUAUAAUUCAUUUGAUAGGUACCGCGACGGAAAAAAAAUCAAAAUGUCACAGCCGCACGACCUCGGAAGAUUCACUUUGUGUGUAUACAUACAUGUACAUGAUAUAUAUAUUUUGGAAGGUAACGUGGAUCAGGUGAAAUUGAUUUCCUGACCGAGUGAAUAUGCACGUGUUUUCAGCAAGUACACCAGAUGUUGCCUGACUUUAUUACAUUGGUUCUAAUGAUUAACUGUUUACCUGUACAGGUAGGCGACAAUAAUUAAUCGCAAUUAUUGUAAACAGAUUGCUAGAUGAAGUGGUUCUCUGCGUUUUUAUAUCCGUCUCCCGAUGAGACCUGUUUUCCGUGUUCAAUCUGACCGUAUUCCUGUUGUGAUAAAUUUGACAUUUAAUACAUCCCUAAUCUAUAGUGUACUGCUUGAAUUCAAUAGAGGCCUGAAGGACGAGCCGAUUAGCCUACAUAUGUUAAACUUCUGUCAACAAGAAGCGGUUUUUAAAUAGAAGAAAUAUGUCGCACGAGGAUUUUUCAGAUGGAUGGCUAAUUUCGAGAUAUGUAUCCGCUGAGGGUCACCUGUAUCUGACUGUAAUGUUCCUGCUGGCUUUCCUCGGGGGUCGGGCAGUCUACGGACAACUUCGCAAGAGGAUACGAAAAUUGGACGUAGUGGUCAUAGGAGCAGGCCCCGUGGGUCUCACUGCCACAUUUAUAGCCAUGCACAGCCCGAGGGUGGGGCGAGUGACAGUUUAUGAGGAGUCGUCCCGCGAAUGUAUUAUCAAUAGCCCCUACCAAGUCACGUUUGACUCGACCAGUUUCAAAUUCUUAGAGACAAUUGGUGUUGAUUUCAAUAACAUGGAAGGCUGUCACGAAUCUGGGCUAUUCUACACCAAAGUUGGAGUGUACCUGCAAUAUAUAUUAGAUCAAAUUCAGUGUAUGAAGCAACACUGUAAUGUUCUGUUUGGAACCAAGUUUGAUAAAGAAAUACGGAAGAGUCUGGAAAAAGAAAGUUGCCGCACACUCGUAAUUGUCUGUGAUGGAAAGAAGGGUCAGUCGGCUAGAUUUCUGGGGCUGGACGAGUUCACGGAGGAAGUGUCAUGUCAAACAUUCGGCGCCAUGGCAGGAGUUGAACGCCCGCACUUGCGCGAAGUUCCCACACAGGAAAUCCGGGCACAUAAUUUGAACUUUGACCUUUCAGCAUAUGGACCAUAUAGUCAAGACCAAAAUGGAACAACUGGAUUUAGUUUGAAAAUAUUCGGGAAUAGUAAAUGCCGAUAUAUGUGUUUAGCGAUAAGGAAAUGUGAUUCGCCUACAUUAAAGGCAUUGCGAACUAUACUAGACAGAUCGAUGAUGCGAAACAUAUUUCUGAAGUGUUUCAAUACUUACAAACUAAAAUCAGAGCCAGGAUUGAGCGAGUCGUUCGUACUAAACCAUAUGAAGUACAGUCCCCGCCUGUUUGAGGUCCGAUACACACAAAAGUGCGAAACGGUGGCCUACUUCGAUGAUUGUGACAUGUUUGUAGUGGUGGAAGGAGAAGCUGCCCUCUCCUGUAACUUCCAUACAGGUAUGGACAUCAAUCAGGGAAUACGAGGCCUGCAUUCACUAGAUCAAUUCAUUACCAGAGUAACAUGGGCGGAAUCCGAGCAGAGUAUAUCAUCGGCCUUGGCAUACAAGAUGCAACAUUCUACAAAAUUAUUCAGUUCAUUGUCACGUGAUGGCAUACAGGAGUUUCUGUUCUCAUGACGUCGAUAUUUGAUCUACCUAAUCCUGUAUCACUAUGACAAAAUGUAGGUCAUACUACAUCCAUAUCAUGUGUACUGCCCACACCUAUAAUGAAUGCCAGGAUUUUUUUUAUACUCGGCAGACGAUCACGGCGAUGAUUGGACAUGGCGCCGUGUUCACGUGACAUCCGUCCCCAAUCAAACAGUUGUUAACGCUGGUUUUCAGUUUGUGAAAUGGAGAUGUUCUUGAAAUUCACGAGGAAGUUCCUUUGGUCAGUCAUGCAGUUAUGACUUUAAAAACGUUAUUGUAUUUUUCGAAAUAUACUUGGUGGAUUUUUUUUUCUAUUCUACUCUAGUCAUUAGUUAGGCAGGUUCAAAUUCAGAAUUUGUAAUAAUAAUAAAUUAUUUGUAUAGGA